GAAAACGCUUCUUCUUCUGGUAAUAUUACAUUUCCAUUCGCCCAUUUCAGCUCUCCUUCAGUAGUGCGUCUCCGCAGCGCAUCUUUUGCUGCGGUCACUUUCGGUAAACAGCGCCUUCUGGGUUUGAGCGCACUACCUCUCCCGAAAAACACGUCAACCCCUUCAGCAGCAGCAGUAGCAGCACUGCACGGAGACAGCAGCAGGCCUAUGAGGAGCCACAGGGAAGCUUGUCAGCCACAGACUGCUCAUUCUUUAUUAUCUACUUGGCGGACCUGCUCAAAAUGCGCCAAUUAUCUGCAAAGGACGGAUGUGCGGUCGUGUGUAUACAGAGCAAUAUGUUCCGUUGAAAGCAAAGACAGAUGAUUGAGACAGAGCCGCUUCUCGGUGGUUGUCAGUAGUUGAAAGGACGUGUGCUGUCUCCUUUUUACGUAAUCGUUUUUGCGUAAUUUUGGAUGCCGCGUGGACCAGGAUUAUUUUGGCGAGGGAAUGUCUAGUGCUUUCCCUCCUCCCUGCAUCAGUUGUUCUCCUCAACAGCAGACACAGAUUCAUUCAGACGGGGACUAUCUGUAUGCAGCAACAUUGUAAACAGACGAGGAGCUGUUUUAAUGAAAUCCAACAUCGCUGCAUCCCGGUUGAAGCCUUCAAUCAGGAAUGCCUGGGAAUCCUCCAGCUGCUCUUCCAUGCUGUUCUCUGAGAAUGGGAUCGUAGUAAACCUCUCUAGGAUUUAGAUCAACUGCUAGCAUGUUGCAGCCUUCCACCAGAACAGGUGACAGCCUGUUGGAAACAUUACCUCAUUGGAGUAAGCGUCUGAGAUGGGCCCUCUCGCUCACCCUCUGCAUGGCUCUCCUCCAGCUUCCAGGGGCAGCGGGAUCUACCCUAAACUGCCACAAGACAUGCAUCUGCGCCUCAAACAUAGUGAGCUGCUCCAAGAUGAAUCUGACUACCGUCCCGACAGGUCUACCGCUCUUCACUGCUGUGCUGGAUCUCAGCUAUAAUGAGAUAGCGCGGCUGCGAUCCGAGUGGACCCCAGUCAAGCUCCUGAAGCUCCAUAACCUCCUCCUCAGCCAUAAUGGUCUCCACUUCCUUUCGUCAGAGGCGUUUGUGUAUGUGAAGCACCUGCGCUACUUGGACCUGUCCUCCAACAACUUGCGGCAGUUGGAUGAGUUCAUCUUUGAACCUUUGGUCAACCUGGAGGUCCUUUUGCUCUACAAUAACCAAAUUUCCCAGAUAGACCGCUCAGCCUUUGUUGGCAUGAGCAACCUUCAGAAGCUCUACCUUAGCCAGAACCAAAUCUCCCGCUUCCCUGUGGAGCUGGUCAAGGAAAAGUCCCGACUGGAGAAAAUUAGCCUCCUGGAUGUGUCCUCCAACAAUAUCAAGAUGUUACCCAUUGAUGAGCUCCAGGUGCUGCCUGCCUGGAUUAAAAAUGACCUCUACUUCCACAAUAACCCUCUGCUGUGUCACUGUGAUCUCUACACACUCCUAGCCCACUGGUACAUUCGAAAGCUCAACUCCGCUGUGGACUUCAAAGAUGACUACACAUGUAUUCUGCCUGGCCCACAAAAAACCCAAGUAGGUGUUUUUGAUCUCAGCGGUGACAAUAUGAACUGCAGCACAUUCAAGGAGGCAGAUGAAGAGGCUUUUCUGGAGCAAACGCUGAUCCUUGGCUGUGACACCAAACAUAGGGACAUGUUAAAGACCUGGAUGAUGCCUGGUAAUGUGGUGGUGACACCUGGAAGCAACCAGACAGCCAAAGUCUUGCCAGAUGGAAGUCUACAGAUUCGUCCAGUGAGGCCUGAGGACUCUGGGACCUACACUUGCUUUGCGAUGAGCGAGGCCUUCAAUGAGACGAUCUAUGUGGUGCUGAAGGUUCACAACUUCACCAUGAAUGGGGGCGGGGACACCCUGAACACAGCAUACACCACCUUGGUGGGAUGUCUGGCCAGUGUGGUGCUUGUGCUCAUGUACCUUUACCUGACGCCAUGUCGCUGCUUCUGCUGCCCCAAUAAGGGAAAGGCUAGGGGUGAGGACAGCAUCCACUCAUCCAUGCUCAGUGUGACACCUACCCACGAGGACCCAGCACUCAAAGCCGAGCUGAACAGGCACGUGGCGUUCAUAGACUCCAAGGACUUGCAGGGCCAGAACGGCAAGCUGAACCCCAAUGGGGACGAGGAUGAUGAUGAUGAUCUGGAUGCAGAGGCUGGUUCUCUUAUGAAGGGGAAGAGGAAGAAGUCAGUAGCAGAGUCCAUCAGCUCCGUCUUCUCAGACACUCCCAUGGUGGUCUGAGAUGAGACGAUGGAUGCCACAUGACUGGAUGUAUAUGGUACAACGUGAGCAAUGUUUGAGUUAAUGUAAACUGUGACUGUGACCUUGUGGGAGGAAACGGAGGAAGGAUGUUCAUCUGUAGUUGCUGGCAAUUGGAAAUAAGGAUCACAAAGGGAGUAAAAAAAAACUGUCUUGUUGUCGACAAGGACAAUAAGCAGGACUUUUCCAGCAUUUUAAUCUGUAGCACUUAAUAUUCAUACUGUGAAGGAAUGGCAGUGUACAUGAACUACUGGAAACUACUGAAGUCUUAUGAGAGCAAAACGUAGAUGAUGUAAUGUUGAUAUCAGCACUCAGGAAGUGAUAAAUUAAACUGCUAAAGUGUGGGGAAUACAUAUGAUACAAUGCAAGGGUUGAAGAUUUGAAAACGUAGUAUAUAUUGAAACCAUGGCUGGCUCAUAAUUAUAUUUAUUACAAGGACUAGAAUACAUUGCAUCUUAUGUAUACAUUAGAGAAUAGAUACAUUUACCCCUCCUCUAUCAACACAGGGACAGAGACUUAGAUAGACAGAUCGCCGUCACCAGGCUAUGAAUACAUCUGUCAUUAGCUUUGAGUCAUCCAUAGAGAAACAGCAUGGCAUUAUAUGAGGUCCCAGACUGAUCUGUAUGAGUGGGAUAAAGGAAAUGUGGAUUCAUCAGAUGUUUAGUCAUUUAUAUUGAGAAAGUGGUAGCCCAAAUAUUGUAUUAAGAGGCCAUCGCGGGUCAUUUCCAUCCUACUUCAUAGCCGAUACUUAGUUGCACUCAGAUACAGUUCAUCAGACUAAUCGUUAUUCGUAUUCAUAGUCAUAUGUGUAGUGAUAUAGGAGAGAACUAUUUUUUCCUUUGCUAUGUUAAGGGAUCAAUUUACAAAGAGGUAUAGUAUAAAAUAGUUUAACAGCUCAAGGCAGAUCUUUGUCGUUGAUCAUUGAACUGUAUAUCAAAAUAGUUGCCUCUUAGUUAUUGCACAUCUACAGUAUGACCCAAAAGACACUUCUGAAGCCUUACACAGUUAAAAAACAUGGAACACCUCCAGCAGAUAUACAUUAAGUACAGGAAAGUAUUUUGUCUUGACUGAUUAUCAACAUAUUGUCUAAAUUCUGUAUACAGACAGGUACCAUGGUCCUUACAAGGACAAAUAGGCUUCUGUGUGUUGUCCACUGAGGUGCCACUUACUGCAGAGUUUGACGCCUCUUCUUGGCCAAGUUAUAGCAUUUGUUUCUGUCAGUCACACUAGCCAGUUAAAUACCAAGCCAAUGUAAAAGCUACUUGAGCUUGAGUUUAUUUUUUCCUGAAUGUAAAAUGUGCACCUUACACAAAACCCUGAAAUAUUUUAAUGUACAUUGCUCAAAAAAACAUAAACCUUGAUGUAUUCAUAUGCCAUAACUUAUGUCGCAGAUUUAACUAUUUGAUCUUGAAUUUUGCUCAGAUGGAUGCUCAGAAGUGUCACGCUGAUUUAAAAUGUAGCUGUUUUGCCCUGUGGUAGGUAGAAAAAGCUGCACGCUGUUAUUAUUAUGUGGCAAACAUUAGAGUCUGCCACAUAAUAAAAUCUGCAGGGUUUCUCCAGAAGAUGAAGCUUAUGAAUAAUGUUGAUGAGGCUGUACAUUAUUUGACAGGAGAGAGCUGAUUUUAGAGUUUGUAGCUACUGACAGGAAACCUCUAGUAAACCCUCAGACGAUCCCUUGGUUUUUACAAGUAUUAUUGACUCUGUUGUGAAUUGAAUUUACAGGGCAAGACACCUCGUAUGCUGUGCAUAUUUCAUUAACAAGGUUUAAAACAGGAGACUGUGUCUUGGCAUAAACAAGAACGAGUGAUUUCAUUAAACUGUGUUGCGUUUGUGUCAUAAUACAACAAGGCUAGCCCGGCGUAAAUGCUAAUUGCAUCUUUUGAUGGGAUGCAGCUUCCCUCUGCUUUCCAUGUCUUUGUCUCUCUAAGCAGGAGGGGAUAGGUGUGUUAUCAUGAGUCACAGCAGCACAAAAGCCAUUCUCUCUGGCUCCCUGUACACUCACAGCAUCAAUUCAGCCCAGAUGCGUUUGCUUUGUUUGUGUACCACUGUCAUUACGAGGCUGCCCUUACUUAAGUUCAAAAGCAAUCAUUCAGCUAGGCAAUGAAUGUGUUGCCCUUUAAGUAGUCUGUAAUUUGUUUAUGAGGGAAAUGCCUGCAGCUUUCAUUGAACAUUUGCUCUCCCACUGAGUCAUAUGGAUGGAAAGUAUAAUAUAAGAAUUUAGAAAGUAUAAUGUUAGAAUUUAUUGCUCAAUACUUUUUAGUUUUCCAGUUCAUCUAAUGCCACAGUAUAUAUAAGAAGGGAUAGUUAUGUAAAAUCUCAUACAUCUUGCAAUUAAAUGUCAGUGUAGCUCCCAAAUUGUAAAGAUGUACACAUUUCUGGGUGCUAUAGGUUUUUACGCAAAAUUGAUGUUAUAUUCACAGUUGCAGUGUGCACCGCAGCAUCUCCUGUGUGGGUGAGAAAAGGAAGUCACACUUAUCAGAGAGGUGGUGUGUGAAUCAUUCCAUUCCUCACACAUAGGAAUACCAGGUGGAGAAAUAGAGAGCAGCAAAAAUACCACAAGACGCACUUAAAUAAAAACCACAUUUAGCACUACUGCAGACUGGCUGCAGUUGGCGAAGAAUCUGUCCCAUUUUUAGGGAUCCUCUACGUUUUGCCCCUCUAGAAUUGAAAUAUAUGUGCUGUUCCUUGCUUUCUCAUCGUGGGAUCAAUCUAAAACCCCUUGGAUUUCAAGGCCUGGCCACUCAAGGCAGCACGAGAAGCUACUAAAUGCCAGUCACAGAAUCUGAAAUGGCUAACUAAAAUCAUACACAGAUAUUAUGGCUGCGGAAUAUACAUUGAACUGCCAGACCAACAAGGAAUUAACCCAGUGUCAAACAAGUUAAAUCUGCCGUGGCUAAUGGGUGGUCUUCUCUGCAUUGUCACUCAAAAUACAAGUUGCAGUUCUGUACAGAGAAAAACUAAGUGCUAUUGCGAAGGUCCAUAGAAAAGAUGAGUGGCUUUGUUCUCUCCAAAGCAAAUCUGCCUUCCUAUAUAUAUCUAUAUAUACAGUAUAUAUAUAUGUAUUAAGACUCACUUUUAUGUGUUCAGUAUUGAUUAGUUGUGUACUGCUAUGUUCUACCAGUGUACUGACUGUAUUCUUGUAUAAUCUGAUGUUGUUAAUCAUUUUGCAUUUCAUCCGCCGCUGUGCUACUGUUAGUUGUUUCAACAUUCAAGUCUUGACAUAAAUGUUUAUUUUUUAAGUGGGGGUGGGGUUUAGUUUUUUAUUCAAAUAAGAUGUAUUUUACACUUUACUCUGCUAAAGAAUAUGGUUAAACAAAAAAUAUAUUGUAUCAGAAACUGCAUAGGAAGAGUGCCAGUUUUGAAAUCAUCAAACAUGAUACACCCUAAUGGGCAGUGAGUAUGUAGCCGCCAGUUAUUUUCAGUCAGUACUUGACUUUGCCCUUAAAGCCAUAAGGAAUUCAAGGAGAAAGGACAGUGCUUUAUCAGAUUGGUGGCUAUGUCAGGUUAUGUGGGGACUUGUAGGUAGGUAGGCGAGUUCUCCAACAGAUACUUCAUGACAAUUAAAGCAACAACUUUUCUGUCUACAAAAAGGUCAAAGAAUAUUUUUAUAAAAGCAAGAGAUGUUGGAAAACAAGAGAUCUCUCCACCCACAGCGAUGAAUGGAAACACAGUGGGUUUUGAAUGGAUUUGAAGACAGAGUAAAUAAAUCUUCUCAGGACUAUGUCAGUUUUAAGUUCUAAUGUAAUACGAUGUGUUUAAAGGUUUCCACAUUUGCAGCAUCAAUAAGACAAAAUCUUUGGUUUGAGAUCUGUGCAGCUCACAGGCUCUGCUAUUUGCAGUAAUGGCACAUUAACUGUUCCCUUAAUGAUUAGUUCUCACAGAUUAGGGAAGGGAGUGGUCUCUCACUGCCCGACAUAAAUCUGUCUCCAUUCAUCUGACUAUGUAGUAGCAAUUACGGAAACAUCCUUGAGGUGGUGGGGCUAAAAGCUCACUGUAACACUUUAACAGUGUGCUACUUCAAGUUUCCACAGGACAAGAAUGGAGCUUUUAACAGCAUUAAAAGCACAGUUUAUUGACAACUGCUAUAAAGAUGAGUUGGUUGGUCACUUGCCAUAAAAUCUGAAAGGUCUCACAGCUAAAGUGAAAUGGCUUUGCAUGGUAUGCUUAAGAGCUUCUCUGACUGCGGGAUAGGUGCAACCUAGUAGGUAUUAAAGAUAAAGAAAAAUGAUCAUUUGACUUAAUAAAAGAUCAAGAUUUA